CAGAGGUCAAAUUAGAAAACCCGCGUCCUUUCUUACAUUACAGUUUAAUGCCAUCCUGCUUUCACUUAUCAUUACAGAGCUGAAAAAACUUGACCGCGGAACAUGUCUUCAAGGCGCCUUCUUAGCACUGCCUUCCUCUUGUUGUUGUUCGUUGGUAAGUACUAAGAUUAAUAUGCUACCUUUGGCAAAAGGCAAGCGCCCGUUUUCCUUACACUACGGGGCGCUUCAGCUACAAAACUUGAGUAUUGUGUUUCUAGCUGCUUAUCUCCUUCAAUACGUCUAUUUGAUAAAGUUCGUUAUAACUCACGCUCACUUGAAAGACGUCUCUGCGUUUCUUUGAAGUUCUUGAAACAGUUAAAAUGGCGAAUAUUUGAUAAAAUCGGCCAUGGUCGAAAGGAAAUUUUCAAAUGAAAACAUGAUGAUGAAUUUAAUUAGGCGGCCAAUACAGCGAGUUCUCUUUGACUGGAAAUGUAUCUUACUUGAAUAUGAAGCAAAAUGUUGGUUUUUUUUUCAUUUUUACUUAUCACUGUUACCGUUGUUAAGGUAUCGAAAAGCUAAGAAAAAAGAAAAUUAAGUUACUUUGGAGAUUCAGAAAUGCCAUUUCUUUCUGCAUGAAAACAAUGUCUCAAAAUGACAUUGAAACUCUGAUGUGUUUAUCAUGAGAAACAGAAGUUACUUUUGGUUAUGUCAAUCAAAAUAUCAACUGGAAUAAACAUCGAAAGGUUUGUCAUAUCAUUACAUCUAAAAUAAUCUCAGGAAAGAAGAAGGCGCAAUUAAGUUCCCGGUCGAAUUUUAACGAAAAUGAACGAAGCUAUCAGAAAGAGAGGAUGAAAGCAAACCCUUUCGAGAUGAUUUGAAAUCAGUCAAUUAAUUCACGCUAAAUGCGUUCCCAAAAAUGAUGAAACGCCAUAUGUGCUGUUUUGAUGAAUCCGUGACAUUUGUUUCCUUCUGUCAUGGAUUACAAUUGAAGAUUAAAGGACCAAAACUAGGCUUUCAUCUUUCAUAAUAAGCUCCUUUGCCUUGAAAGGACCGCAUCAUCUAAUUAAUUUAAGAGACUUCCAGGCUUGAGUUCUAAGCCCUUUUUGGACACAAUCACCUAAAGGAGGUUUUGGGAACCAGACAUUAUUCAUCAUUUGGGAGGAUCACUGGUUUUAAGGGGGACUGGAGGGGGAUCAGUCGUCGCCGACAGAGUAUCAAGGAGGGACUCUUCAUUGGCGGUUAAUUAGUGGGCAAGUAGGGUAUCAUAAGAAUAUCACAGAGCCUUAUGGGGGAAUAGGAUAAAUUUUAUCGCAGCACAACCAGAAACCUCUAAACUUCAAUUCCACCCCCCCACCCCACCCCCCUCAGGCGAUAAAUUGUGACCGGUCUUUAAUAGCAUUUUGCAACUGGCAGGUCUGGUGUCCAACAUGUCAUCAUCGUCAUGUCCGCAAGAGGAAAAGUUAUCACCGAAUAAGUUGAAAAUGGACACCGCUUUUGUGAAUAUCAGUUCCACUUUAGAGGAGCCUAUUACAAUAUCAGGGAUAUCGUCAAACUGUUACGAGGUGAUAAAACAGUGUGUUCGUGUUCAUAACUUUGUUUUUGGCCCGACUAGGUGCCAUUUUUAUCCGUGCCGCCAGGUGAGGGAGCCCAAAACAUUUAUAUCAAAGACAAUAAACUGUACUAGGAUUUUAAUCACUUGAAGAGCAAUGAUAAAAUAGAAUGACAGAAAAAUAAAAAAUAAAAAUAACAGCCUGAACUACCACGCAAGCAAGUGAACCAUUUUGCACGAUGCCCGACAAAUUGAUAAUAAUAUGCAUUUUGUUGCAUCGAUUAAACUUCUUGUAUAUAUAUGUUGUUAGGUCGACUCUACUGCUUAAUUGCCUAAAGGAACAUAUAAAUAAUUUCUCAAGGAGCACACAUAGUAAUAAAGGGUGGCAAGAUCGAUGGCAUUAUCAAAUAACAUCAUUCAUUCUUCGUUCUUUACAACCGUGCGUUCGUAAGUUAAGGGCAAGCGAGUACAGACUCCAGUUUUGGCCGAUCACAAAGGGCAAGAGACCAUGAGCUGCUCAUGUUCCGGCUUUAGAAAAAGUCAAGCAUCCAUUGAAAUAAAUUAAUAAUUUUUUUUUGCAGUGCCCAAUACAGGAAAUUAUACCUCAGCUCCUCAAUGGAGCCGCCCCCCUUGUGGUAAACACACAUUACAGUUUUACCAUCUCUGUUAAAAUCAAAAAUGGAUCUCAAGAGUUAUGCAGGUUUGUGACUGACUCAAUAUUAGUUUCAAUUUCAACGAGGCUCAAGUAAAAAGUGAAAUUUUUAGGCGAUAUCAGCAUUGAUUAGCUCGUCGGCGAAGAACUUGCCAAUUCAAGACGACUGAACAUUAAAAAAAUAAUUCCAAUGAAACAAGAAGAGCCAGCUGAGGCAUAGGAUUCUUUAGCCAACGUUCAGAGGGGUGGGGGGGGGGGAAGGUAGUGUCAACAACCCCAACCGAGAAAGUAGCGGAAAUCGACACCAGCUUAGGCAGAGAUAAAAAAAAAAGAAAAUAAGGGAUAACAUUCGGGCACUUGAAGAGAAAAGAAAAAGUUUGUAAAAGUUUUUGGAUUUAUCUCGGUCUGAGUGCGGCAUGGUUCAUGUAGGUGUAUUUGUUCAGUUUGAGAUAAAUUUACCUGCUGUUUUAUUUGCAGUAUAAAGUGAUUGACGAGAAACACUAUAUCUCAUCAGGAAGUUAAAAUGUUGAAAGCAAUGUUAUUGUAUUGAUUGUCAUGCGUUUAGGAAGCUCCCUUUCGAGGGACAACUACAAUUAGCACCUGAGAUAACUUAAAUCAUUACUUGACCUCUUCCAGAUUAGUGUCCUUGGUAUUUUCGCCUCAAUAUUGACUGUGUGAUGUGUAUUACAGGCUUAGUUACCUUUUUGGUGAGAGAGGUUGGUACGAGUAUAACAUCCAUCAUUCUGAUGGCCAAUCAUCAAACAAGGUCACAUGCAAACUAGAGAUCAAGCGGUCACCAGAUUACCCAUACAUGCGUGAGUAGCUGUUUAUCUCAUCCUAUUCUGGUGAUUAAUCUUUGUAUUGAAAAUUAAAAAUCUAUCAUGAUACCAUGGAUAGUUAGGAUCACUCAUGUGGAAGGCAUUUUUUUUUUCUUUUUCGCAAAAGAAUAAUACGAAUCUUUCCAGGAAAGUCUUAGAAGAUUGAGGAAAAAGUCACCAGAAACAAAUAUGAGCAAAAAAGACGGAACAAAAGUCAAGUACUGUAUAUGGACGAACGAACGAACGAACGUUUUUGACGAAAUUUUCUGUUUUUUUCUUUCCCUUUUAUGAUCAGCUCUAUGGAUAGCCCUCGGAGCGCUCUUUUGCAUGGCUGUUAUAUGGGUUUUACUUACCUGUAUUGGAAGGUAAAUAACUUCCUCGAAAUCAAUAAAUUUAUCGAAGAACAUUUUUGAAGUUACGUGUUAAAAGUUAUCCACUCUGUGUUUGUUCUUGAAAACUCGCGCUGUCUUGUCAACCGAACGGAUAAAAAACAGUACAACUAAUCGCUAAUUGCUCCUCCGAGUUUUCCCGCUCUCGAAACUUGUUUUUUUUUUUUUUUUUUUGUUUACGUUGUGGGCUCUCAUUGAUUCUUUGUGAUCUUCGCCCUCUUUAAUUGGAUAGACAUAAUUAUCUUGCUUUGGGUUGGGAGAAAGAAGAAGUUAAUCUCUGCCUUUUUUAGUCUAUAAUCUUGCGUCGACACAGGACCAAACACGUGAAAGGCAGAGCACGUAGCAAGUGCGCACGAUGCAAGGGAAACAUUUAUAUAAAAUUAAACAUAUCUCAUCAUCCAUUACUAUACUACUGACUCAGGUCACGGUUAACCUAAUCUUGUUAUUGUAUUAUCGAGUUCCUAUGGCAGUUCAUCAUUCAAUUACCAGAUUACCUAAGUAUUAUAUCAAGAGGGUUUGAUAAAAUUUACCGCAAACUUGGUUUGAUGUCGUGUAUUUUCAUAAACAGGAAAUGCAAAGUCGCUUGCAAGAAAGAAAAUUCGAACAUGAUGAAUCAGGUAAGAGCAUGCAGUAACAUGUCCGCGCUAAGGCAAGUUUUUAUGAAACGAAAUCUUCAGAAGUUGAUCAGGGGGGGAAGAGGAGAUUAAAAACCUCCUUUUAAGGGCUAGAGAGGCAACCUUCAACGUAACCAUUUUGUAAGGCCUAACCUAAAGCGUGAGCUUCGGGUGUUCAGUAUAUCUACAUAAAUCCUUUUAAAUCUUUUUUCAAGGCCUAAUACUAAAAGCCGAAAUGUCAUAUUUUUAAUUCAAGUUUAUCCAGUAAACGCAUUUUUUUCCGUGCAUAUUGAUUUAAGUCCUGGUUGCUGUUCUAUUUCUGAUACCUCAGCAAGUUUAUUCAAAGUAAACGUUUUUCUUCGCAACUCAAGGAUGGUAAUUUUGUCAAUUUUUUUUUUUUGUAGGCCGAUGAGAUCGAUGACAGAGAAGACACAGAAAUGGUAUGCUCUGAGUUCUUCAAGUUUGUUUUACUUUAUUAAUUGUUUAUUGUACCUUUAAAAAAAUGAGUAUAAUGUCUGAAAGCUGGCUGUAUUCAAAAUCAAACCCUCGUUGUGGUAUUGUUGAUCGCCUCAAUAUCAAUUAAAGAAGUAUUUCUUAGUUUUUGGCGUUGUUUUGUUGUUAUUUGUCAAAAGUAUACAAGCAAACGAUGGAGAUUUUAUUCUUCUUAAAUUACAAUUAAAUUAAUUGAUUCAUCAGUCAUUUCUUAAUUAGUUGAUUACUUAAUUAAUGAACGAUUUAUGCCGACCAAUUUUAUUUUAUUGCGCACCACUAGCACGUGACUGGAGAGGGAGAACAACAAAUGCUACCAGAGGUAAAAUGUGAUGUCCUUUCCCUUUCAAUUUUUAUUCUCUUUUUUCCCUCCUUUUUUCUUAUUGUUUCCGUUCUGUGCUUUUAUGUUGUUCAAUACCUCCAAUUCCGAUUCAUUACUUUCUGCGUCUAGAAACUGUCCUGAAGAAGAACUCUUUUUAACCAAAAGAAUGGUAUGUUCAGGUAUUGUUCAAUAGAGGUUCUUUUUUUCUUUUUUUCAGACUCAGCUUAAAGCCAGGUCGAGGAGGUUGAAGUCUUUAGAUACGUUUCGAGGGUAUGUCAUGAUACAACAUUGACUAAUAAGUAUCUUGGUGGUGGAACAAUUUUAGAAUUGAGCGGUUUUUGAUACGCGUUCCAAGAAACACUAUGAACCACUUUCUCGACCCAUCAGAUGAAAAUUUAAAUCCAUUUAAUGAUUGGCUACCCCUGUGUUUGCACGCUUGAUUAAAAUUUACCUUUUCGAUGGGAGGUGCUCACAAGCUCCUCACAAGAUUUGACUUUUUUCUCAAGAGCCUUUUGUAUUUACUUUGAGUCUCGUUGUACGAUAAUUGAUGGAAAUGCGUUCUAAAAUGUUAAUUAACAUUAACUCUGAGUCUUGCAAGGAAAGUGAAGUUUGGUUAAAGUUAGCAGAAAUUGUAGCAUUUUGACCUAGGUUUGUUUUCUGGACUGCUCUUGUCUCCUUUUAUAGAAUUGCAAUAACACUGAUGAUAUUUGUGAACUAUGGUGGUGGUGGAUAUUACUUCUUCGGGCAUGCCGUGUGGAAUGGUAAAAUAUAAUAAGCAUGUUAUAUAUGUUAACUUCCUGACUUAUCAAUUCAGAGCGCGCGGCAUUCUCUCUUUAGUCUCCUUCACGGCCGUUGUUUGGUAUCUACGCCCGACGCGUUCUCUCUUUUAGGGGAGCGAAUGUGUUGGGUGUUGAUAUCAAACAGUGGCUCCCAAGCAAUCCACAUGUCUGUUGUCUCUAUUUUACGUAGUAACUAAGAGUUAAGUCUUUAAGACUUUUAACCUAAUUCAAAACCGUGGCAAUUGGAUUUUACUUAACGAAGAACUUGUAAAAGGAAAAAUCAACCAUUAAAUUCUUUAAAGCUUAGUUUAACAAAUGUUGGGUUAUGUGACAAAAGAUCCUUUUUUUUUUAAACACGUAUCCAUCGCUUCACCUUUCUAUCUCUUUUUUAAACAGGAUUGUUGGUCGCUGAUCUCGUAUUUCCAUGGUAUGUUGCAGAUAAUUCUAGUAGGAGGCCAGAAUCAAGCAAAACGAUCGAAUUGUAUUCUGUCUACACUAAAAAGAAAGGCGGAGGUUUUCAAAUUCUCCCUUGUAAGCCUCAUUAAAUCGGUGUGGACAAGGCAUGGGUUGCAAAAGAUUUUAGUUAUUCGAAGUCAAAUUAUCUAUUUUCUUAUAAUUUAUCUAUUCAGAUGUAUCUGUUGAUCUAUGUGAUUAUUCAUUCAUUGAUCAAUUACUGACUUGUUCAUUCUAGGUUUAUCUGGAUCAUGGGAGUCUCAAUCACUUUAUCUUUUCGCUCGUUGAGACGCAAAAAAACAAGCAAGCCUAGAAUAGCAUGUAAAAUCCUAAAACGAAGCUUCAUCUUGUUCGCACUGGGUCUGUUUACCAGCAACUGUAAGUGACCAAUCAAAAGGGUUCAAUAAAGAAUAGGCAAGAACCGUUAAAGUUGGCCAUAAAUGAUUUGCCUCGAGUUGAUAGAAGCGAAAUCAUAGGUAGCUUGGGCAUCAUCGCUCUUCACCUUAGUUCAUGACCUCGCAAUGGCGUCAUUCCUCUGAAAACGUUUGUAUUAUUAGGCAGUUAUUCCUAUGGAACUCGGGUUAACAAUGACAAUACAGUUAACAGACUGCAAGGCUCUCAAUACAAACUUAACCCCUCAUUAUCUGUCAGGCGAGAGUUUAUUACACUGUUAGAACAUGAUUAGUUGCGCAUGCAAUCAAUUUGUAUUUCUCCAACGCGAUAGCUCAUCAGAGGGCACGUGAUGAUUAAAUGCAUGGCCACAUGAAUCAUGAACUUCUACGAUAACUUGAAUGAAUUUAUCGUUUCAGACGGUAACCUGAAGUACUACAGAAUCCCAGGAGUUCUUCAGAGGUUUGGAGUUUGUUACUUCUUCGUUGCCAUGAUGCAGUUGCUACUGCCUCCGAUGGAAAAAGGCGAAAAAAAGGUAGCAUUAAAGGUUUUCGCUCUUCGCAUAAGCUAAACCCUUGUAACCGUGUAGCGAGAGCCUAAGAUUUUCAGAAGUAAUUCCUACUUCUUUGUUAUCAUAGAAAAGAUGGUGGGAAGUGUUUCGAGAUGUGUUUGGUUUAUGGAAGCAGUGGAUCUUUGUGCUGAUGCUACUCGCUGGCUAUCUUGCCCUUACCUACGGAGUGGAUGUGCCUGGAUGUCCCAAGUAAGGAGUAUAGCUUGUUUUAAAAGAAGUAAAAGAAGUAAAACGAAUCUCUCGAGUUAUAGCGCGUUUCGGAGUCAUAAGACCGAAGCAAUCAGAACAAGGCAAUCUGCUUCCAGCGCGGGAGACCAUGCAUGAUGAGCAAAGACCCACAUGCUUUUUUUUUUUUUUACUGAGUUUAAUGUAAGUUGGCCACCAUAAAGAGUUUCUAAAGUUGACGUUUCAAACAUUAGCCCUUCGCUAGGGCUUGGUUUUAGUUUUGCAUCUAAAGGGUAGAGACGGCUGUUCUAGUUCUUCUAGACCAAUCAUUGAGCCUACAAAAGCAAUGCCAAUACAAUUCCGGCUUAGUUUCGACAGACGGUCAAAAAUUGGUUUAUUGAAUGAUCAGGGUAGUUGACCUUGAAUGUUUUUACAUCAGCUAUACGUCUAGUGUACGCCACGAGAAUGACUGUAUAACAGUUCUACAUUCGCCCCCACCCCCCCCCUUUUUUUUUGUAAGGGACUUAUUUACUAACUACAUUACGAUUGCAGGGGUUACACGGGUCCGGGGGGCAUUGGGGAAGGAUACCCAAAUGCUUUUAACUGCACUGGAGGAAUGGCGGGGUACAUUGACACAAUCGCCUUAGGCAACCAUCUUUACAGAUUGCCUACUAUCAAGGUCAAGUAACAAAGUCAUUUCUUGAACUCAAGAUACAUGCGCACUAAAGUUCCGAAUGGAAAAAAAGAUUACCCGACAACACUUGGUCAAAAUCAUUCACCGAAUGUGGAAAGUUGUACCUUUCUCAGCUCAUUUUUACUCAGUUCGCUUUGUAAUUUUUCUUUUAUUUUUUCCUAGUCAAACGACGUAGGUUGGCAUUGAAAACGUUGUCUUAGUGUGAAUCACUCGUUUCACACGAUAAUCAUCUUUUCCCUUCAUAUGUACUUUCCAAUCUUUUUUGCCAGUUUCUGCACCUAAUCACAAAUCUCUCGUGUUCUGCUCGAACAGGGUGUCUACAAAACUACCUUACCAUAUGACCCGGAGGGGAUCCUUGGAUGCCUAACUUCUAUUGUUUUGGUUUUCUUUGGCGUUCAGGUAAGAAAAUAAAAUGUAUUUGCUAUCUAUGAAAAAACAGACGCGUUCUGUGCAUCAAAUUUAGCAAUACUUUUGCGGUGAAAAACAAACACAAGAAACCCUUCUAACCAAAACCUGCACUGUAGUUCUUGAAGGUUAGCGGUGCUGCACCUCGUAUUGUUGAUAGAUAUGAUUACUUUGCAUAUAUUUAUCAGUAGCUGGUCUGAGUUAUUUCCCUGCCUUCUGUCAUCUGCUUACCUGAAAGGCAACAAAUAUUUUUCGCCAUUCGCGUCGUCAGUCGUUUAUGUUGGUUGACAAAAAACCGUGGUUCUUCGUUACGAACAAAACCAUAACUAAAUUCACCGCGUGUUCUGAAGAGCCAGCAUAUUGUAUUGCUUACAGCCAUACGGUUUCCUGGACUACACGAUUAAUCAUUUAUAGGUUGUAGGACAUAUAUAUAUAACAUAUAAUUUCAGAGGGGUUAAAUACUUCGAAGAUUUCGAAGAGUGAGUGACUCUCCCAAAAGAUGACUGCAUACUUCUUGGGAAAUUUGCACGAGCGAUUCUAAAUUUUUUCUCGUUGCUUCUACGGUGGCUCUUGGUUGGUUAAAAAACAAUACCCUAUUCAUCGGGUUCACACAUUGCGUGCAGUGAAUAAUUACCAAGUCUCUUCAAAGAGCACAUAGUUCUUGCCAAUCAGAUGGAGCUACUUUAGUACAUAAAUUAUUCUAGUUUAGUUUUGGAUGGAUAAUUUAACUGAAAUCCAAAUUAUAUCAUAUUACUGUCAUAAGGACAACAACAACAAUAACAACAAUCAAUCUUUAUUUGUAAGCUCUCUGGCUUUAUAAGCUGUAACACACACAAAAAAAGAUAAUAAGAGUGCUGGCUGCCUGGAAUAAUCAUAGGGGCUAUUGGAGCCAGGCAGCCAGUUGACCUCUACAUUAAGAACAGAAUGAAAAAGCAUCCUGCAGGAGCCAGUAGGAUUUGGGGGAUCACAUUGUUUUCAGGGGGAACCUGAGAGGAGAGGAGGAGAGGAGGAGAUGUGUCCAGUGAAUAGGUGGGAGAUCAGUUGAUCAGUUGUCGCAAGAGACUAUAUUAUAUUUAUAUUCUCUUCGAUGUCGUCAACAGAGUAAAAAGGGGGGUACAGUGGAAAAACGACUGCCAAUUAAGAGAAAAUGAGGGGAAGGGAAAUCAUAAGAAUAUUAUAGAGCCUUAUGGGGGAAUGAAGUAAAUUUUAAUCGCUACACAACCAAAAUGCUUUCAACCCCCCCCCCUUCCCCCUUUCAGUUGAUAAAUAGUGCCCGUCCAUUAUUGUAUUAUUUUCUUCUUCCGAACAGGCUGGUCACAUACUGACAAUUCAUUCCAAACAUAGACCACGACUCAUCAGGUGGAUAACCUGGGCGGUUCUGAUGGUGAGAGGUUUCAAUGAUAAUCUCAUAAUAGAGAAAACAUUUUAGCUUUUAACCAGCAUUGAAUCACACGUGAAGGUUUGAAAUAAUUUUCAUGUUACAUUUUCAGACAGCAUUUACGUUGGGCCUGUGUGGAGCCACAAAAAAUGAAGGGAUCGUUCCAAUCAACAAAAAUAUAUGGUAACAAAAUGAUCCAUUUUGAUUUUAAAUUUCGCGCCCUCAUAACUUGGGCCGCACCUGAAGCUGCUUGGGUUUACAAGUAUAUUUUGCACCGGCAGUAAAACUUUAAUUUACGAAAUUAUCAUUGUUUAGCAGCCAAAAAUAUUUUUCAAAGAGGAAAUAUCUUUUUAGGUCGGUGUCGUUCAUCUUAGCCACGGGAGCGAGUGCAUUCUUUCUGUUUGCUAUUUGUUAUCUUCUGACUGACGUCCUGGAUUGGUGGAAUGGUGCACCCUUCUUUUACCCAGGUAAGAGUCUAAGAAAACUGCUAAGAUGUAAACAUACAAAGGAAUUUAUUACGAUUACAGGAAACCCAAUUAUUUAAAACGCUUUUUAUUAGAUCAUUAGUGACAAUUUUUGGACGAUGCAUGAGUUAACAUUCCACAACUUAUGAUUUUUUCCUUUGACAAACUGUCUCAAAUCUUUGGGGCUUAUCGCUGAUAAUGUAUCCUUACGAUGUCUAACUUGUUUGUUUAUUAGAAAGAGGGACCCCAUCAGGGAACCAACACGUGACGUCACACCCAAUUCAUUGUCUUCAUGAUAAACCGCGAUAUAACGUUCUUGUCUCCUUGUGAUGUAUCAUAUAUUUUGAUCCCAAACAACUCAGUGCGCAGAUUUUCAUCGAUAAAUAUGGCAUAAAAGUCAAAAUCAAGCGACACUACAUCUUAUAAUUUUGGUUCAAGAGAGAAUUGACGUAAGAGCUUGAUCGCCUAAUAUGACCCUAUUUCCAAGGGAAGAUCUGUCGGAACUUUAGUUCAUAAUCAAGCUAUCUGGUCUUCCAAAGAUUGCAUCUAGCGCUCUUGUUGCUUGAUUAAUUUUGUGGGAGGAAAAUGUUAAUUCAUUAAAAGACUUGAAUGGUCAUGUGUCAGAAAACAAUGACAUACAAUUGGUUAUUUCUAUAUUCUAUCAGGAUCUUUGGAAUCAGGAAUGAUUUAAAAGGGAUUAAUUUUGAAUUAAGGCCAUUUGUAGGGUUUAAGUUUGACGCUCCAAUUUUUCUCGAUAAUUUUGCUUAUUUUGGGAUGCAUGACUCUUCUUUUAUAGGUAUGAACUCCAUUCUUGUGUACGUUGGUCAUGGUAUUCUGUGGAGACACUUUCCCUUCAGCUGGGAGAUGGAUGAGUAUGGCGGCCACGCGGAGAAACUAGGCAUGAGCUUAGCUGGAACUGCCUUGUGGGUUCUGAUAGCGUAUUGCCUUUUUACUAAAAAUGUUUUCCUGAAGAUUUAAAAGAUCUCAUUUUGAAAAGGUUUUGAAGCAUCAUUUCUACUGACAAGGACAUCUAAGAAAACUUGAACAUCAGUGAUCUCACGGUUACUGAAAAUAUCCUACAACAUAAGAUAAGGACUCGUGAGCCACCAUCAGAUGUCUACGCUUCAUCGCUAUUCCUUAACAUUACACAUAGGACAGUUCAUAACCACUUCAGGUUUUUCAAUUAAAUCGUUGGGCCGGGCUAUAAGGGCUGGGGAGCGAAUAAACGAUAAAACGAUAAAGCUAAACUCGGCUCUUGAAAAACUAUAACAUAAGUUAUAAGGUCAUCGACCAUUACUGUGCAAAAGCGUUAAAGAUAAAAGGACAGGCCUCAGUCUAUUUGCUACAUAUGCUAGGUCUCGGUCGUAAAUCUACGCUCUCAGAUGAUCUUAAUUAGGUCAUUCCAUAGAUUUAGAAGAGCGAAACUGCAUGGAAUAAAAUCUACAGCUUUAAUGAUAAAGGCGUAGGAGUGCAGUCUAAAGGAAAAGGUCUAUCGAUCGAGCUGAAUUGUAACCUUGUAAAUGUGUUGUCUAUUUAUCUUCUUGUAAAAGAAAAAAGCAACGAAAUCACCUCACUCCAAAUGAUAGCGCCCCUUAUGCUUAUUUUUAUUUUAAAACAUGAU